AUGGCCGAUCCAUUUCAAGUGCUUGAGUUGCCAAAGACAGCAUCACAAGGUGAAAUUAGGAAGCAGUAUUUAAAGCUAGCCAGGCAGCAUCAUCCAGAUAAAGUACAUGACUCACAGAAACCCCAAGCAGAGGAGUCAUUCAGGCAGAUCAGUGUGGCAUAUGAAACUCUAACGCAACCACCUUCAGAAAGAUCCUCUAGCUCACACUCACAAGCAUACGCUGAUCCUUUCUCCAUGUUCGAUCAGCUAUUCGCCCAAAUGAGAUCAUCUUCUGGUUUCUUCAACGAUCCUUUCUUUGGCGGUGAUAGUAUGGGCGGAGAUUCGUUCUUCGCUGAUCCUUUCACUGCUCCCUCCCACAGAAGACGCGACCCAUUUGCAGAUAUGAUGGGUGGCGGUGGUUUCAUGGGCAUGGGCAUGGGCGGGAUGGGUAUGCCAUCCAUGAUGUCACCAGGAGGAAUGGGAAUGGGUAGAUCAGCAGGCAGAUCAAUCUCAACAACCGUCGUAAAUGGAAGGAAAGAAACGCGCGAGACUAACACAAACAGUGACGGGUCGUCGACAACGACUAUAACUACACCUGAGGGUUCAUACCAAACAACACAGCAAGCGCAGCUUCCACAGCAAUCAAGCUCAAGCUCUACCAAUUCAAGGCAAUUCAACGCCUUGCCAAGCGCGUAUAACAGUUAUUGGAUGUAG